AGUCCGUCACGUUGGCCCCACCCACAGCGUCCGGUAUAAAGUUGGAGCCUUGUCUCCAUAUCUCCGAAGGGGCUCAGAUCGCCCACCACUAUGUCGUCUAAGACGUCGUCUAUGGUUCUGGGUUACUGGGAUAUCCGCGGGCUGGCUCAUGCCAUCCGCUUGCUCCUGGAGUUUACUGAUACCUGCUAUGAGGAGAAACAAUACACUUGUGGGGAAGCUCCUGACUACGACAGAAGCCAAUGGCUGGACGUGAAAUUCAAGCUAGAUCUGGAUUUUCCUAAUCUGCCCUACCUUGUGGACGGGAAGAACAAGCUCACCCAGAGUAACGCCAUCUUGCGGUACAUCGCACGCAAGCACAACAUGUGUGGUGACACUGAAGAAGAAAAGAUCCGAGUGGACAUCAUGGAGAACCAGAUAAUGGACUUCCGCAUGCAGCUGGUUCAGCUCUGCUACAAUUCUGAGCACGAAAGCCUGAAGCCUCAGUACUUGGAAAAGCUACCUUCACAGCUGAAACAAUUCUCAAUGUUCCUGGGGAAAUACACAUGGUUUGCAGGGGAAAAGCUUACCUUUGUGGACUUCCUCACCUAUGAUGUUUUAGACCAGAACCGUAUGUUUGAGCCUAAGUGCCUGGAUGAGUUCCCAAAUCUGAAGGCUUUCAUGUGCCGUUUUGAGGCUUUAGAGAAGAUUGCUGCGUGCCUGCAGUCUGACCUCUUCAAGCUGCCAAUCAAUAACAAGAUGGCCAAGUGGGGCAACAAGUGCUUGUGCUGAGCGAGUGCUCACUGCCAGCUGUGCUCUGUUCUGCCCCGGGGGCCCGAAUCCGGCAUUUUCUGCUCUUUCUAAUAAACAGCAGUUACAUUAA